AUGUCGGGCUGGAGACGGAGAAGAGGUUUGACUAGCAAGGGAGGAGGUGGGAGUGAGGCAGGGAUCAGGUUCUGGAUGGCGUACUGCUACAUCCACCUGGGAGAGUUUCAGGCGGCGAUGAAUCAGAUCGACGAGCAUCUCAAGUAUGAUCAAGACCCCGAGCCCAUGGCCUGGUUGUGGAAGGCCAUCUGCCACUUCGGGCUCGGGCAGUACAAGGCAGUGGAGGAGUGCGCGCUGAGGGGGCCGCCAGGUCAAUUGCAGAACCGGAUCCUGUUCCACAUGGCGCAUAAGAUAGGGGACGAGGGUAAGCUCAUGAUCUACCACCAGAAGAUGUCAGCAAGCGUUGAAGAUCAGCUGUCGUUAGCCGCCAUGCACUUCCUUCGCGGUCACUAUCAGGAGGCGACGGACGUGUACAAGAGGGUGUUGCUGGAGCAGAGAGACAACAUCGCGCUCAACGUGUACGUGGCCCUCUGCUACUACAAGCUGGACUACUACGACGUGUCUCUGGAGAUCUUGAACCUCUACCUCAACCGGUUUCCAGCAGACAGCCUGUACGCCAUCAACAUCAAAGCAUGCAACCACUACAAGCUCUACAACGGAUCAGCCGCGGAGGUGGAGGAGGGGAAGAGGAGGGCGAAGGCUGACUGGCUCUCGUCCAUCGACAACGAGCUCAUCCGGCACAACCUCUCAGUCUUCCGGAGCGGCGAGAACGCCCUGCAGGUGUUUCCGCCGCUCAUGUCGGUCAUCCCGGAAGCUCGCAUCAACCUCUGCAUCUACUACCUCCACCAGGGCGACCUCGAGCACGCCAACGACGUGAUCAAGGACCUGGAGCCGACGCAACCGGAAGAAUACAUCCUGAAAGCAGUCGUCUAUGCCUCCAUCGGACAGGCUCGUCGCUGCUGCUGCUGCUGCUGGUCAGAGAAGAACAACUCGGAGCUGCUCAAGCAGGCCCAGCAGUACUUCCAGAUUGUCGGCGCGUCCAGCAGCCAUUGCGACACGAUCCCAGGCAGACAGUGUAUGGCCCAGUGCUUCUUCCUGCUGAAGCAGUUCGACGACGUGAACAUCUACCUCAAGUCCAUCGCGCCCUACCUGCGAGAGGACGACAGCUUCAACUACAACUUCGGCAUAGCACAAGCCUGUGCCGGCCACUGGAAGGGAGCGGAGCAGGCGUUUGACAGCGUCAAGUCACCGGAGAUAAGAAACGAGUUCUCCUUCAUCGCCUGGAGGGCUCGGACGCACAUACACAACGACAAGCCUCACCUUGCAUGGGAGGCUUAUCUUUCCUUGGACGUCUCCUCAAAGUCGUACGUUCUGCUGCAGGAGAUUGCCAACACGUGCUACUCCAUGGGGCAUUUCUUCUACUCCCUCAAGGCUUUCGACGUGCUUGAGCGCUUAGACUCACUGCCCGAGUACUGGGAGGGCAAGAAAGGAGCCUUUGUCGGCGCCUUUCAGAUGGUGCUGGCCAAGAAAGAGCCCAAAGACUCCCUCCCGGAGAUGAUAAAGAUGCUCAGAAGCACUUCCAACCCACAGGCACUCUCUCUUCCUCCUCCUCCUUCUCCCCUCCCCCUUUCUUCCUUCCCCUUUCUCUUUGCCAUCCUGCUCCCCCCAUCCUCCUGCUCCUACUACUUGCUCUCCUUGCUACCUCACCUUGCUUCUUCUCCUACCGUUCUAGCUUCUGCGGGCACAUGA